CAAAUAAACUCAACCCCAUCUACCUAUAUUUAUUAUUUUCCCUCCUUUUUUGCAAGAAAUAAAUAAAAAUGAAGAACAACAACACCAACACAAAACUUAUUCUUCUUCACCCUUACAUUCUUAAACAAGGCAACUCAAAUAAACUAUGGCUUUUAGCCUUUAUAUCUCUUUUCACCCUCAUUUUCCUCCUCACUCUCAUCAUUUACACUCGUAACUCGUCUUCUUCUUCUUCUUCUUCCUCUUUCGAGGGUUCGAUGGGUGGGCCCCACACGACGGGGGGUUACCCAUUGCCUAAGAAUGUGAUGAAUACACUUAUACAUUAUUCAUGUAAUGCAAAUACUACGGAAAAAAUGGAUUUGGGUGAUAUAAAGACUAUAUCGGAUGUUAUAAGAAGGUGUCCUUCUCCUUGUAAUUUUCUUGUUUUUGGACUUACUCAUGAAUCUUUGCUUUGGCAUGCUCUUAAUAAUCAUGGAAGAACUGUUUUUAUUGAUGAGAAUAGGUAUUAUGCUGCAUAUAUGGAAGAAAAACACCCUGGAAUUGAAGCCUACGACGUACAAUACACAACAAAAUUAAGUGACUACAAAGAAUUAAUAUCAUCGGUUAAAGAACAAUCUCAUAAUGAGUGUAAACCCGUACAAAACUUACUCUUUUCCGAUUGUAAAUUAGGCAUAAAUGAUUUGCCAAACCAAUUUUACGACAUCGAUUGGGAUGUAAUCCUAGUCGAUGGUCCUCGGGGCCAUUGGAAAACCGCCCCAGGACGAAUGUCGACGAUUUUUACAGCUGGUGUGUUGGCCCGGAGCAAGAAGACCUCUGCGCAAAGCGGGAAGACUCAUGUUUUUGUGCAUGAUUAUAACUUGGAACCUCAAAGAAUGUCAAGUGAAGAGUUUUUGUGUAAGGAAAAUAUGGUAGAAAAUAAUGGAAUGCUUGCUCAUUUUGUAUUGGAAAGGAUGGAUAAGAAUUGUUUUGAGUUUUGUCAUUCUAAGAACAACUCUUCCUAGCUAGCUUGAUGAAAUACAUGAAUUUAAUUAAUAGUAAUUAAUUUGGUUUGUAAAUGUAUGAAUUGUAG